GACUACCCUUGCCUCAGCGAUCUGACGGCAAUCAGCUUUGCCUCGAGCUCUAUAGCCGACGACAACUUUGCCGGCCGAACGUCUUCAACAGCGCCUUUCUCUACCCGUGUGGUGAACGUGGCCACGCACGACGGCCGCCAAAUCGACCUCGUCUUCAACUCGCCGGAUGGCGAUCUCCCGCAAUGCGACGACAACGAUGCCACUUACGGUACCAACAAUGGCAAGCAUUGCAAGGUGAGCCUGGCCAGCGGCAUCGGCAACUUCAGGGUAGGCCAGCCCGCAAACGUGUCGUACAAGGUGAGCUGGAACUUCGUGUACGCCAACGACAGCACGCCGGCCGUGCUCCCCAGAUUUGCAAUCACGUUCCUAGAUAUGGGGGCCGGGGAGUUUGUAGCCAUCAACGACGGAUCUUACGAGGCUGUGGCCUAUGGCAGCCGGAUCAACGGAUCCACGCCGGCCGUAGAAAACUACGACGGCUGGGCGACGCAGUUCAUCUCCGAACCUUCGGGGCAGACCAUCGAAGACGUGACGGAUCCGUUGAGCAUGACCGAGGACCAGCAGUCGGGCACCAUGCAGUUUAUCUUCUCCAACACCGACCACUUCGUUGUCGAGCUUGGCAGGACGGGCACGCAAAUCAAGUGCUGCACCAAGAUCAUGUUUACUGGCGCGAGCAACACGGGUGACUGGCCUUCGUGCGCCCCGCCGCCCUCUGCGCCGCCCUCGGCGCCGCCGCCCCUUCUUCCGGCGCCGCCGGCACUGCCACCGCCGCCCUGCGUCUGCUCGCUCUACUACGACCUGGAGCGCGGCCUCGCGAGCUCGCCCACCUUCCUUAACUCCACCAACGCGCUCUUCUACACCCUCCAGACCAGCUCCGCCUGGCCGCUCAGCCUCCCCGUGUACGACCCGGCGUGGGGCUGCGCGUGCGAGAGCGCCGAGGACCGCCCCGUCUGGCUCGCCGCCCUCGACCUGUGCUUCUGGUUCGACAACCAGACCGCGACGCAGCGAGAAGCGCUCUUUGGAGGCUCGGGACAGCUGCAGCAGGCGUACGAGCGCGCCUGCAACGCCUUUGCACCGGGCGAGCAGUUCAACGAGUACUACCACCACGUCCGCCUAAGCAACAGCUUCCAGCUCUACCCGCGUCUCGCCCGCGACGGCGCCAUGAUGUGCGGCACCGACAUCGGCCCGGCCGGGGCCACGCAGAGCAACCACGAGGCGACCUGCCCCUGCAACAUCUUCUUCGACUACGAUGCGCUGGCCAACUCCUCGGCGACGGCGCUCGACAGCGUCAACACCUUCUACGCCGCGAUCAGCCAGCCCAACUGCUCGUGGCCGCCGGUCGACGCAGCGACUGGAAGGAGCUGGCUAGGCUUUAGCGUUAUCGCGUUCCACACCGGCACGACCAACUCGGACCCAGCCAUAAGAUCGUACGCAAAGCUGUACUACUGUGGCAUUGCAACGCCGGGGAGGAUGCUCUACUACGGUACCACUCCUCAAACCUCCUGUCAAAGCACGGUGGUUGGUUCGCUCUCGACAGGGGCCGAGGCCUGCGCCCGCCGGACGGAUGGCCUUGGAGGAGCGCCUAUCGGGGGUGUACCCGCGUCGGGAAGUGAGUACCCGACAGAUGGAGCUAACACCUACAUGAACUCGUAUCUUGAUUGCCGGACCAACCGCCUCAACAUCAGACAGAGCGAGUGCGUUGGCACAGACUGUUGGGCCAAGACUGGAUUCACGCAGGCCGCGUUCCUGCAGUUUGCGAACUCGAUCCAGAGGCACGACUGGACGAGCAGCGAACGGUGGUCUAUCCAGAUCUUCAACCAGGGGACGAGCGCAAGAAGGGUAACAAACGCGGAUUGCCGGGCCGACGGCUCUUUUCUAAAUCUCGUUGCCAAUGGCUUCGUAGAGGACGACGAAGGCACACGCUGUCUCCUGGUCUUCACCGGCACGGGGACAAUCACGGUAGCAGCAGAAGAUUCAGAUACUUCUGUUCCCGAAAAGCCUGCCUUUACGAUCCUGGCGCCUCAGGCCACCGUCCAAAUGGACGCCGACAUAGGCUAUUUCGAUGGCGUCAUCGUCGCCGACAAGCUCAUCGCUACGGAGUCGAACGCCAGAGACAUUCAGUUCCACGGAGACCUCUUCGACCAAGAGAUCACGUGCGUUUGCGAAGACUCCGGUCGUCGAGAUCGUCGCCGCGUGAGCGACGAGCCGUCGCCGCCCCUGCCGCCGCCGCCGUCGCCGCCGCCGCCGUCGCCGCCGCCGGUGCCGCCGCCGCCGCCGGUGCCGCCCUACCCCCCUGAUGGGUGGCUCGACUGCGACUUUGAGUCGGACCUCUGCGGCUGGACUGACGCUGAGCCCGGCGACUACAACUGGACACGGACGAGCGGCCCCACCCCGACGAGAGCUGAGGCCACCUCCUCGUCCGAACUUACCGGACCCGCGUCGGCCGUCGAAGGGACGUACUACAUCUACACCGAGGCAUCGCCAGACAACUUCAACGCCCCAUACGUGCUCGAGAGCCCGCGCUUCCAGCUCGCGCAGUCGGCCACCCUCUUCUUCUACUACCACCUGUUUGGCUCUUGCGUGGGCAACCUCACGCUCGCCGCCCUAGACGGCGGCACCUGGCAACCGCUUUGGCAAGACCCCUUCAGGUACAACGCAAGCACUCACACCGACGAGUGGUUCAAGGAGGAGCUUGUCCUACCAUCGACGACGACGCAGCUGCGCUUCGAGGCGGUGACUGGCCCCUGCAACACCUCCGACAUUGCGAUUGACGACAUCCACUUUGAGCGGUUCGCGCCUCCCAUGAGCCCGGCACCGGCACCGCCUCCGUCGCCUAGUCCACCAACGCCGCCGGAGCCACCCCCACCCCCAAAUGAGCCUCCGCCAGUUUCUCCGCCACCCUCGAACCUGCACCACGUUACCGAGCCCCAUCGAGACCUUUAA